AUGGUUCAAGUACAGUUUGCAAAAGAUUCAGCGGCUAAGAACCAAAAGGACUUUGGCCUCAACUUCAACCCUGGCCCCUCCGCUCCAAGACCAGAUGGAACUCGUGAAGCCAAUGACAACAGGAUCGGCCCCUUCACCAACUUCGACGGGCCUCUGUCUCAUAUUGCUGCCCAGAGAGCUGUUGUGGAGCAAUCUGUUGAAGAAGCUGAUUUUGAUGAUGCUCCAUCACCACCAAAGCAGAAGAAGAAGAAGAAGAAGAAGAAGAAGAAGGCAAAAGCUUCAAAGCCAUCUGCCUCUGCUGCUCCAAAAGCUUCAACCAAGAAGUCACUGAAAACUGCAUCGCCUGAAUCCAGUGUGCAGUCUAAAGAUUUAUCUCGCGUGUCCAAGAGGACCAAGAAGCCAUUGCCCAAGAAGGCUACUGGGCAACCCCUCACUCCUACUGCCAUUCUGCGCAACGAGGAAGACACCAUUGAUCUGUCCAGCGAUGAAGAUCUUGGUGAUGAAAAACUCGUCGAGCUCAAGAACAAAAUUGACUAUGAGAAGGCCCAUUUCAAGAAGAACAUGCACAAGCUCAGUGUGGCAGAUGUGCAAAUCUUCAAGAAGAUGUUGCAUGACCUCAAAACUGAAUUUCAUAAGAAGCGUGAAGAAGCCAAAGGCUCUCAAGAACGCAUGAAAUCUUAUGCUCAGAAAUGUGUGCAAGCGCACAAUGAAGCUGAAAAGAGGAAAGCUCUUGGGUGUCUUGGCAUUGACCCCAGAAUGGCUGCUAAGAAGAGCAAAAAGCAUGCUGAAGCUAAUCCUGACACUGCAAGGCAGGGACAACCCAGCAUUGUCUUCCCUGCCAGCAUGACUGGCUCAAAGCCAAAGGUCCCCUCAGCUGCUUCUGAGCUCAAGAAGACUAGGCAAGCUGAAGCAUAA